AUGGAAGGAAAGAAUGAAAUCUUAGAUUUUUCUUUUUCAGUCUUUUUCUUAUUUCUUCCCUUCUUUCAACCUCACCUCUGUCUCAUCGUCCACCAGUCUCUUCUCUGUCUCGUACUCCUUCAGCUUCCCCCUUCUCUCGUACUCCUUCAGCUUCCCCCUUCUCUCGUGCUCCUUCAGCUUGCCCCUUCUCUCAUACUCCUUCAGCUUCCCCCUUCUCUCGUACUCCUUCAGCUUCCCCCUUCUCUCGUGCUCCUUCAGCUUCCCCCUUCUCUCGUGCUCCUUCAGCUUCCCCCUUCACUCGUGCUCCUUCAGCUUCCCCCUUCUCUCGUGCUCCUUCAGCUUCCCCUUUCUCUUACUCCUUCAGCUUCCCCUUCUCUCGUUCUCCUUCAGCUUCCCCCUUCUCUCGUGCUCCUUCAGCUUCCCCUUCUCUCGUGCUCCUUCAACUUGCCCCUUCACCGUGCUCCUUCAGCUUGCCCCUUCUCUCGUGCUCCUUCAGCUUGCCCCUUCUCUCGUGCUCCUUCAGCUUCCCCCUUCUCUCGUGCUCCUUCAGCUUCCCCUUCCUCGUGCUCCUUCAGCUUCCCCUUCUCUCGUGCUCCUUCAGCUUCCCCCUUCUCUCAUUCUCCUUCAGCUUCCCCCUUCACUCGUGCUCCUUCAGCUUCCCCCUUCUCUCGUGCUCCUCCAGACUCUCCACCGUCUCAUGCUCAUCCACUGUCUCGUCCUCCACUAGCUUCUCCUCUGUCUUGUCCUCCGCCAUCUCAUCCUCCACCAGCAGCUACUACUCUUCUGUCCUGUCCUCCACCAUCAGUCAUUCAUCCUCCACCAUCUCAUCUUCCUUCAGCUUCUUUUCCAUCUUGUCUUUCAGUUUCUUCACUCUGUCCUUGUUCUUUAAUUUUCUUCUUUAGUCAUUUUCUUUCUUGCAAAAUAUUUUUUAUUCAUUUUUUUCAUGAUUUUCCCUCAUUUCUCUUCUUUUUAUUUUUUCUUUCUUUCUUUCUUUCUUUUUCUUUCACUUUCUUUUUUUUCUAUUAUUUAUUUCUUCUUUCUUUUCCUUUUCUCCUUUUGGUUUUCUUUCUUUUUUCUUUCCUUUUUCUUCUUUCUUUUCUUUUUCUUCUUUCUUUCCUUUUUCUUUUUUUCUUUCCUUUUUCUUUUUUCUUUUCUUUCUUCUUUCCUUUUUCUUUCUUCUUUCCUUUUUCUUUUUUCUUUCCUUUUUCUUUUUUCUUUCCUUUUUCUUUUUUCUUUUCCUUUUUUCUUUCCUUUUUUCUUUCCUUUUUCUUUUUUCUUUCCUUUUUCUUUUUUCUUUCCUUUUUCUUUUUUCUUUCCUUUUUCUUUUUUCUUUUUUCCCUUUUUCUUCUUUUUUCCCUUUUUCUUCUUUUUUUCCUUUUUUUUUCCUUUUUUCUUUCCUUUUUCCUUUUUUCUUACCUUUUGAUUGGUUUUUUCUUUCUUUUUUAUUUUCUCUCCCUUUCGUUAAAAGCAACACAGCACCUUUUGAUGUCUCUUUUCUUCAAGUUUGUUUUACAACCAAACAGCAAUGGACCAUUGUUUAUCUUUGGUAAUGGCAUGUGA